ACCCACCGCGACGAUCGAGGCGGACCUCAGUCGUCCGCGCACCCUCGAAUGGUGAGGGUGAUCGUGCUCGGUGGUGAGUAGUUAUCUCGUUGCUUUCGCCGCUGCGAGCACCGGGUGGUGCAAGGCACGUCACACUUCGCCUGCUUCAGCUGAUCCCCGAUCUGCGCGACAUUUCCCGCCGACGUCACAGCUGUACGGGCAUUCGACCCUUGGUGACCGACAAAGGGAAGACGCGACGACACGACGAUUUUAUAAGGAACUACGGGCGCUUGACAAGGACUGUAAAACGGGCGCAAACGAGGGAGCAGAGUCUGUUUCGGGAACCGGUGGGACUCAAACACGAAACCUGGGUCAAGGGUCGAGAAAAACCGAACAUUUGUAUGAUGUGAGAGGAAUAUAUGGACGGACACCAAACAGACUGGGCAGAUUCGGCGAAAUCACGAACACGUGGCGAGACGUAAAGCGGGCGUUGAGCCUGCUGUGCGUAAAAAAAUUUUCCGGCAGCGCGACAAUGCUGGAGGCGCCGCCCGGAAGUCGCGAAGAUCUCGUGGAAGCGGCAAGAACUCCAUGUACACCCACCGAUCUGGACACGAUGCUGUACGGAUACACGAACAGCAUAUACGUGCUGGACCACACGCCUGAAUCCUUGCCGGACAUAGAUAUGCUGCAAUUGUUCGCGUCUCCAGCCGGUCGAGCGCUGCUUACGAGCGACAAUCGACCAAGAGGAUCGACGUCGACCUCCUCCUUGUCUCGAGAGUCCUCAUCGAGGCUGAAGAGUGGCAGAAGACCAUCGGGUACAGUCAGCGCACCGACAUCGCCACCAAGACGGCGGAGAUCGAGCGUCGAACUUUACAAGGAGGCUGUGGAGAUCCUCAAUCUUACUUGCUCACUGACUGAUAGCUGCCGAUGCAUCGAGUGCCAGAGCAAUUAUUUCAACUGCGAUGACGAUUGCGCCGACGCCGGUACGGAAUUGGCUGCAGGCACUCCUAUUUUAUUGGACCACGCUUUGUCGCAUCAUCUGACUAUAUGUUCCAUACAGUAGCAGGCGACCAGCAAACGAAAACUACGAAAUUGGCCCCUUGUUAGCUCGCUCUGCCACAUGUUCCAGGAGAAUAUAACGUCAACACGCCGACAUCUUCCGGCAAUUGCGCAACGUUCGCGUUAAAAUCAGGAAUCAGCGAGACUGAAAGCAACCAGCGCGGCAACGAUAUUAUAUAACGAUCGAAGACGUUACCGCAAAUACCGAAUCGUUCGUCUUGUGUUGCCUGAAUUCGCGCAGUUCAUGCGAAUAUUUUCUCCCGCCAUAUAAUUUACCUGACUGACAAUUCACGCGACUGGACGAUUAUUGCUUAAGUGGUGUCCAUCUGCAAAAUGGAAACUUCAACUAUACACAUAAAUUUUUAUCCGAACAUCGACGAUCUUACGGCAUAAUUGGUGAUGAAAAAGCACAGUAAAUUUAAAUAAUUAUUAUUUAGGUAUGUUGCGUGUUAUUCUUUUCCAGCAACGCAACGAAUUGCACAUUUAUAUCGCUGAAAAUUUAAUUUUCGAAAAUUGCAUUCGGGAACGAUGCUAAAAAAAGCACGGCUCAAAAAUCGAAUGAUUUAAACUAUGCCAAAUAGCGCCAAAUUUAUGAUAGGAUAUUCUAAUUAAUAUUAUAAUUAGCGUGCGCCACGUUUACACCGUUCGGUCAUCCAUCAAAUAAACGUAUCGAUUUAAUUGGAUCGCCAACAUACGUAAGCGGUACAUAUAAAUUAUAUAUUAUAUACAUAUAUGUAUACAAACACGUACAUAUUAUAUUUACUACAUGUUUUAUUAUCCAUAUCUACUUAAGUCUAGCGAAAUACAAUUGUUAAACAACAAGCGCUCGCAACGUAAAUGAAAAGAAAUGCUCCAGAUGCGAAUUAAACGAUUUCGCACAAUGUUAUGUAUAGAUUUUACAUAUAUGUCAUGCAGUUGAGUAUGUGUGUUCGAUUAAGUUUUCUAUAAAAUAAACGCCCUCCAACUGAAAACUCCGCAUUAAGUUAAGGAGACGCGUAUAAUAUAAACGGCGAGUAAGUAUACUUGAUCUGCGGGAAAUAUAUAUUGCGCGGGAGAGUACAAUAUAUUUGCGAUAUAAAAUAAUAUAUUGUCGGCGAAUUUUUUAACCGUUACGUAAGUUGUUUCGUGAAACAAUUACGCAAUAGCCAGAAGAUUGAGAAUACUUCUCGCAGCGUAUAAUCGUAAGUGAUGUAACGAUAAACGAAGUUAGGCCUGAAUUAUAUUGCGAAUGUCGAGUUGAAUAAUAUAAAUUGAAGAGAUGUACGAAUAAAAAAGAAAGCCGUGAAUGAUUAGAGAAAGCUUAGCGAUAUAUCGAAACAAGAUUUCAAAGAGGGUCAAGUGCCAAAUAACUCGUUGCUAAGCUUGCCAGAUUAAUCGAAUUAUUAAAAAGAAAUUUCCGCGUGUAUGUUGAUUAGAAAGUUGCGGUAUAUAUUCGGGUAUCCCGAUAAAAUUUUAUACCAAGCUGGAACGAGAUAUUUACUUCCAGAUGUAAUUUAUAGGAAUCCGAUACAUUCCGUUUGCAAAACUUUUUCAUUGCGUCAAGUAUUAAAUUUUUAUCGUUUUCUAUUCGUUGAAUAUCGUAUGCCGCUUUUUUUUAACUAUUUUUUUUCUCUCUAUGAAUUUUAUAAUUGUAUAAUACUGUACUACAUUUUAUAACUCACACAGUUUUCAGUACAAAAUUGGAUUUUUUUUUGUUUUUUUCUUUUAUAUUCUGAAAUAAUUUUUACAAUAAAUAAAGAAAUAUUUACGAAGUUUUACUUAGAAGAUGUUUAAUAAUUAAUGCAAUUUCAUCUACUUGUUUUGAUAACAUUUCUAUUAAAAUUAUUGGGGUAAUUAUUCGUAAUAAAGGACCUCACCUUUAUCUUGAGAUAUGUUGUUAAGGACCCUGAGUACCCUUCAAAAGGGUUUAGUUGGCGCUCAUUGUUCGUUGAAAAGUUAUUGAAGAGUACUCAAGGCGAUGUCUUUGACAACAUAUCUUAAGAUCAAGGUGAUUGAAAGUGGAUCCCUUGUUUCGAAUAAUUACUAUUAUUGGAAAGUAACAUUACAAGUAUAUUCUAUUAUUGCUAACUAUACUUAAAAUUAACAUUAAGAAUUUCUUACGUUUUUAAUUUAAAAAAUUUUUAUUGUUUGAAUUCGAAGAUAAUAGUAUUUUCUCCGAGAGUCUGGUAUCAUAAAUCCUAAGCAGAAUAAAUUAUAAUUUUUUUCGUCCAAAAACAUACAUAUACAUCAAUACAUAUAAAUGGAAUUCUUUCUUAAAAGCGCAUUAAUAAAAAUUUGUGUCAGAAUGAAAGAAGAUGCGACAGUUUGUUUUCAUCAAAUCUCUCUCUCUCUCUUUGCAAUUUUACAAAAGUCUUUUACUGCGACACCGUUACUUUUAUAACGAGACGCGCUAUUAAUACUAGGUAUAAUAAAUAGUUAUAGUCAGUUCUUCUAACUCGUUGAACGAGAUUUGCGCUCUUCCAUAUUUAAUUAGCCGUCGCAGUUUAUCGCAUAAAGUCACUUCUGCAAAUAAAAUCUAUCUGAAAGUAGUACGGUUACCUUUUGCAUGUGAGAGGACGUAAAUGCAAAACUGACAUUAAAAAUAACCGUCUUAACGUCAGUAUCUCUAGUGACUGAUUCUUUAUUGGAGAAAACAUUCUAAAUUUAAGCUGCAAAAUUUUUAUACAAAUAUUAUAUAAAAUUGGAGAAAAAUAUACUAUAUCAAAUCAUGGAUUCUUGAGAAAUUUUUACAUAUUGAUUUUCGUCGAUUAUGAAAAAAGAGAAUCAUGAACAAUAUUUAACAUAAUAAGGAUAGGUUAUGUUAAUGCCGAAAAAUGUCUAAAAUAAAGGAUUGAUCAUAUUUAACAAUUGAUGCAUGUUCUUCAUGUAUUAAUGAUUGAUCUAUUAACAGCGACGGGUAUUAAAAGACACAGAUGUACUUUUUUUUCAUCAAAAUGAUUAUUUAUCUUUGUUAAGAAAAUGCGCUUUAACAGAAUGUUGGUAUGAUUGAGACAUUAUCACUAACGUUAUUAAGUGUAGAUGGAAGAAAAAGGAGCAAUCUUUGAUUAAAUAGACGCAAAGAAAGCUAUAAAAGAUUUGGGAGAAAGUCACAAUCUAAUUUAAAAACACCUAUUAGACGUUUUGUGAAGUCUGGAUGUUUCUUAUAUAUAAUUUUACAGGUAAAUAAUUAUUGUAAAUAAAACUUAUUGUUACGUACAUUUUUGUAUAUUAUGUAAAAUUAAAUAUGUUUAGUAUGUCAUACUUAUUAUUGAGAAAGAAUGUAUUUGAAUAUAAUGAAUAUCGACUUAACUGUAGUUAAAAUACGUAAGAUUAUUAUUAUUUUGUAUUUUAAGCUUUCUUCUGCAACCAAUCGAGUUCUAGAAUGCACAUCCGUUACAUCGGAUUGGCUUCUUCUCAUCGACGAAAGUAACAGCGCAAUUAAUAAUCUAUCCAAAAUAUAUCCAAGAGCUGCGAGAAAUCUCGUAAGGAUAUGUAACGCGAAAUCUGUGGCUUCUAAUCAUUUUAUAGUAAUAUAAAUUACGAGGGAAGUUUGGAGGAGAACAUCCUCACAAGCAUUACGGCGUAGUCUUGGAUAAAACUAUCAUUAAAGUACAUACAAUAUACUUGACUCUCGUUUUAA